UUUCAACUUUACGAAGUCAUUUCCGUGUAUCACAAUUUAUAAAAAAAAUCGAAACAGUUAUGCCACCACAACAGUAAUAAUCUUCCUAAAAAUAACUAGUUUUCUGAAAUAGUCGUAAAGUACUUUAUUAGGUUAUUAGGAAUGCGGAAAUAAUGCACUCAUCGUUUUAUUACUCAGAUUUCUUUGUCGCGUAGCAGUAGAACUACUCGCUGACGAAAAAACGCACCUACAAUCUCGAUCUGUCAUAAAUUUACUACCAAUAGUAAACAAUGGAACUAAAAGGAAAAAAAUAUAAAAAUUAAAAUGGUGACUUUGCAAUGUUCCGAACCCUUCACGGUCCACACGAAGCCCUCUGUGCUAAAAGUCCACCAUUGUAAAAUUUGCCCAUACAUUACAACGUCGUUUUCUCUCAUAACAAACCACAUUUCCCGUCAUCAGUCACCUUUGGUAUCUUUUAAAUGUGAAAACCCCCUUGAUUCUUACCAUUGCAAAGACUGCGAUUUUCAAACCGAACUAACGUUGCUUUUCAAGCGACAUAUUAAAGACCGUCACGGAAUUAAACAAGAAAACGACGACGAUUUAGUUGUGCAUUAUAAUAAUCAAAAGUACGUUUGUGGAAAGUGCGGUUUUGAGACGCAUUUUUCGCUUAAAUGCUUACAUCACACAAUAACGUGUUCGAACAAUAGGGGAAAUUUCCAACCGUUGAACAACCCCGGUCAAAAUUUUAAGUGGCAUAAACGUGAUCAAUGCGAGUGCAAAUACCAACAAGAGCACAAAACUCUUACACAUUCAACAGAACAACGGAGGCGUCAGUGUGAAUGCACAUUAAAAGAUAUCAAGUGGUAUGAUUGUGAAAAAUGUCAAUACAAAACCAAAUACCGCUCUUCUUUAAAUCGACACAUGAAAGUGCGGCAUUGUCAAUGGGAUGAAAAGGACCCCAAGUGGUACGAAUGCCAAUACUGUCCAUACAAGUCUAGAGACUGUUCGAACUUAAGGAGGCACGUGAUGACCCAGCAUUUGAAUAGUGAAAGUAUCACGUGGUAUCAGUGCAUGGAGUGUCCAUUUAAAACAAAACGUGAGGGGGUUUUACAGAGACAUGUGAAUUCGCAUCACUCAAGUGGACAAGAGAUCAAAUGGUACUAUUGUGAAAAAUGCCAAUACAAAACCCAGUACCGCGCAACUUUAAGUAGACACAUAAAUGCGCGCCAUUUGGAGGAAGCUGAUAUAAAGUGGCACCACUGCACUGUGUGUUCUUUCAGGAGCAAAGAGAAAGGCAAUUUGAAAAUUCACAUGAAGGUACUGCAUCCGGAUGGCCAAGACGCGAAAUGGUACGAGUGCCAACAGUGUCCGCACAAAACUAGAUAUAGUUCGAAUUUAAAAACUCAUGUGAAGAAGUUUCAUUUGAAUGGUGAAGAUAGUACGUAAAUUUUUUAUGUGUAUGAAUUAACUGUUAAUUUUUUUCAUUACAAUAUUUGUACUUGCGCGUAUAGUGUGUUGCAUAUAUGAAACGCCAAGUUUUUGAGGUUAUGUUUUAAUCUCAUGACUUCAAAACACUUUAAAAGAAAAAGCCAAUGUUUCCAUACUUUGCUACGAAAUAAUUACAGGUUAAUUUAAGUGAAUUCAAUUGCUUAUGUAACGUUUCAAUGGUGAAAUCACCAAGAACGAGAAUUGUUGCCAAGUUUUUAAGGUUAUGUUGAACAUCAACAUAAACCUAAUUUUUCUGUUUUUAGUAGCAGAUAAUCACAAAUUAAGCGAACCAAAAUGUUUGUGCCAUGUUUCAACUGCGAAACCUCCCACAUCAAACCUUACCGUUGCAAUCACUGCAACUUCCAAACACAAUUAGGAGUCCUUUUCAAACAACACUUCAAAGACCGCCAUCUCAUCAUCAGAAAAAGCGAACAUCCGCCAACUUCACCGAAAAUUAUCAUUCAGAACUACAUUUGCGAAAAUUGCGGCUUCGGAACCCACUUUUCAAUGAAAUGGUUUCAACACGCUGCAACCUGUUUACAAAAUCCAGAAAUCCCUUCACCGGCUGAUCCCACCAGUGACGUUUCCACAUGUACCGAAUGGCGGCGCAAAUAUAAGUCCAAGCACAACUUAAACAACCACAAUUUUUUAGCACGAUGGUUUCAAUGUGCACACUGCACAUACCAAACCAAAAACAAGCAAUCCUUGACACGCCACAUAAAGGUGCACCGUUUGGACGAAAAAGACCUCACGUGGUACAAAUGUGACCAAUGCUCAUAUAAAGCCACACAAAAGCCGAAUUUGAAAAGACACAUAAACGCACACCAUUUGGAUGAAGAUGAAAUCCAAUGGCACCACUGCACUGUGUGUUCUUUUAGGAGCAAAGAGAAAAGCAGUUUGAAAAUUCACAUUAACGCACAGCAUCUAGACGACAGGAGCGCGAAAUGGUACGAAUGCAAAAAGUGUCCGUUCAGUACUAGACAUGGUUCGAAUUUAAGAACUCAUGUAAAUAUGCGCCAUUUGGAUGAAGAAAGUAUCGCGUGGUAUAAGUGUGAGGAGUGUCCGUUUAAAUCGAAACAGAAGGCGAAGUUACAGAUACACAAAAAUGCGCGGCAUUUGGACGAACCAGAAGUUAAAUGGUUUGAAUGUGAAAAGUGUUCGUACAGGAGCAAACGAAAUUCGAGUUUGAAGCAGCAUGUAAAGUUUAAUCAUUUGGAUGAAGGGAGUAUUAAGUGGUAUGAAUGCGAAAAAUGUCCAUACAAAGCUAAAAUUCAGGCGCAUUUAAAGCGUCACAUAAAUGCGAUUCAUUUGAAAGGUCGAAAUUAUAAAGUUGCACGACUGUGGCAAAUAUCCAAGUAGAACUAGGUUUUCGCAUUAUAUUAACCCACAGCACAGAAUGUAAAAAAUGUAUUAUCAUUAAAUACGAUUCAAUAA